UCACUCUCUCCUUCACUCCGCCGCUGUGCACCGCUGUAUCCGGCUGCCCUCACCUCCUCCCCGGCGUCCUUCACUGGAGAUCCCCGCUGUUGGUCCUACUUCUCCGCGGAGCCCCACGGAAAAAAAUGAGCCCCCGGUCCCGGAGCUGGCUGUGGGUCUGGUCGUGCCUGCAGCUGCUGAGCCUCGGAGUUCUUCCGACCCGGGCUCUGGAGCUGGAGGAGCUGUUCGAGUUCGGAGAAGAAGCCGGAGACCAGCUGCUGCCCCCCGGCUCGGACUCCACCGCCGAGCUGCCCCUCAACGGGACCCUCUUCUUCUUCGGAGAAACCUUCGACAAAGUUUACAUUAACACGAAUGGGUUUGUGUCCAUGGUCGACCCUCCGGCUGAGGAGGAGUACCUGGGGAAGAUGCCCGCCAGUUUCAAAAUGAUGGCCGCCUUGCUGGGCGACCUGGACAACAGUGACGGACAGGGGAGGGUCUACUACAGGACGGACAUCAGCCCGGACGUGCUGAAUCGAGCCGCCGAACACAUCAGACAAGCUUUCCCCAGAGACAACGGAGUGGACCCCAGCAGCACCUUCAUCGUCACCUGGGAGAACAUGGCCGCCAGAGGGACUUCUGGACGAGGGGACGGACUGGACGCUAAGAGAAACACUUUCCAGCUGGUUGUGGUGUCCAUGGAGUCGUCUUCCUGCGCCAUCCUCCUGUACCCCAGACACCACCUGCAGUUCCUGUCCACCUCAGUAGGGGGCGAGAGUAAGCUCCUAGAGGCUGGCUUCAAUGAAGGCCUCGUGACUGGAUGGUUCUGGAAAACCAAACAGGGAGAUUACUUCCAGAUCACCACCGAAGAAGAGAGCUCCAUCAGGGAUCUCACAGAGAAGACGACCUCGGGACAGUACGGAGUCUGGGUCUACGAGAUUGGCUCCUCUCCGAUCUUUUUAUCCAUCACUCCUGGAAUGGUCUCCGGCCCGCCUGAGUAUGAGGACGCCAUCCCACCUGCUGGAACCGAGCUGCCAAGGCAACACGUCGGGGACUACUCAACCUACAGACCUGAGAACCGACCCAGAUACCCAGAACUAGAGGUCACCACGCCCGGGUACACCGAAUCGGAGACAGAAGAGCCAGAUUACGGAGAACCAGACCAGUAUGAGCCAGAAUACGCCGUUUCUGAAUCUGUCACACCAGCAUUCAUCGACCCUGAGAGGGCUCAACCGAGGUACCCCGGCCAAACUGAGCCAAGAUACCCCGACCAAACCAAGACCGGAUACCCCGAUCAUAGAUACACACCAGUCCAGCCCAGAUACCCUGACCCUGUUCCAGCCGAACCAAGAUACACCAACCCUGAACCAGUCCAACCAGUACCACCAUAUUCCCGGUCCCACCAGCCCCAGAUCGUCGUGGUAGACGAAGACGAAGAUCUGAACGUUAACGUAUUUGCGUACAAUUUGGAGACAUGUGCACACAACAGGCACAAGUGCUCGGCCUUUGCUGACUGUCGGGAUUACAGCAACGGGUACUGCUGCCACUGUCGCCCUGGCUUUUACGGCAACGGGAAAGACUGUGUUGCUGAAGGAAAACCACAGCGAAUGAACGGAAAAGUGAAUGGUCGAGUGUUUGUUGGGAACUCUGCUUUGCCAAUCGAGCUCAAUAACAACGACCUGCACUCGUACGUGGUCGCCAAUGACGGACGAGCCUACGUGGCCAUCAGCAACAUCCCCAAGAGCCUUGGCCCAUCCCUGCAGCUGCUGUCCUCGUUGGGCGGAGUCAUCGGCUGGGCCUUCGCUCUGGAGCAGCCCGGCUACCAGAACGGCUUCAGUCUCGUUGGCGGCGUGUUUACGAGACAGGCCGAGGUGAUCUUCUAUCCGGGGAACGAGCGUCUGAACAUCAAGCAGCAGUUUAAAGGAAUCGACGAGCACGACCACCUGGUGGUGAGCACCGAGCUGGAGGGUCGUCUGCCCGCCAUCCCGCUGGGAUCCUCGGUCCAGAUCAACCCGUACAAAGAGAUCUACCAGUACGACCGAAACUUGAUCACUUCCUCCUCAAACCGUGACUACACCAUCUCCUCCCCCGACGGCUCCUCCCAGACCAGUAGCUACCAAUGGCGUCAGACGGUCACCUUCGAGAGCUGCCAGCACGACGAGGCCACCAGGGAGGUGCCGUCCACCCAGCAGCUCAGCGUGGACCAGAUCUUCGUGAUGUUCGACGCCGAAAACGACCUGAUCCGCUACGCCAUGAGCAACAAGAUCGGCUCCGUCCACAGCAGCCUUCCAGAGCAGAACCCGUGUUUCACCGGCAGACACGGCUGUGACAUCAACGCUGUGUGCAGGCCAGGUGAAGGCCUCCAGUUCACCUGUGAAUGCACCACGGGAUUCACUGGAGACGGACGCUACUGCCAUGAUACUGACGAGUGCAGAGAGACUUACAACAUCUGCGGGAACAACGCCGUCUGCACCAAUCAGCCCGGAACAUUCCGCUGCGAGUGCUUGACCGGCUUCGUGUUCGCAAGCGAUGGAAGGACCUGCAUCGAGCACAGCGGUCCGGUUGAUCACUGUCGGAGAGGAAGCCAUGACUGUGACGAUCCCCAACGAGCUCAGUGCAGCUACACCGGAGGCUCCGCCUACAUCUGCUCCUGCCUGCCUGGAUUUGUGGGUGACGGUCGGGUGUGUCGGGACGUCGACGAGUGUGAACACGACCGAUGCCACCGCGACGCCGCCUGCUCCAACACCGAGGGCUCCUUCAGCUGCCAGUGCCAUCCCGGUUACCACGGCGACGGCUUCCAGUGCAGCCCUACAUCCACAGAGCGAGAGAAGACGCAGUGCGAGCGCCACAGAGAGAGCGUUCAGGCCGCCACCUCCAGCUCCGGGAUCUUCUCUUUUUUCCGCCCUCGGCCGGCCGUCGGUCAGUACGUCCCUCAGUGCGACCAGCAUGGCGCCUACGAGCCCACGCAGUGUCACACCAGCAUCCAACAGUGCUGGUGUGUGGACGCCAACGGCCAGGAGAUCCCCAACACCCGCACGGGACCCGGCAGCACGCCGCUGUGUAUCGAUCAGGCGGUGACUCCCGCUCCCGUUGGACCGACCCCGCGGCCCGACGUUCACCCCGUCGCCCCGGGAACACACCUGCUGUUCGCUCAGAGCGGGAGGAUCGAACACCUGCCGCUGGACGGAUACACCUUUAAGAAAGAGGACGCUAAACCUCUGCUGCACAUCCCCGACCGCGUGGUAAUCGCUGUGGCCUACGACUGCGUGGACAAGAUGGUCUACUGGACCGACAUCACCGGGCCGGCCAUCAGCAGGGCCAGAAUGAGCGGAGGGGACAUCAGCCACGUCAUCACUACAGAGCUGCAGAGUCCUGAAGGCAUCGCCAUCGACCAUGUGGCUCGUCUCCUCUUCUGGACUGACUCCAUGCGAGACACUGUGGAGGUUUCCAAAUUGGACGGCAGCCAGCGGCGAGUCCUGUUCGACACGGAUCUGAUCAACCCCCGAGCCAUCGUCACCAACCCAGCGUACGGCCGCAUUUUCUGGGCGGACUGGAACAGAGACGGGCCUAAGAUUGAGAUGUCGAACAUGGAUGGAACAGAUAGGACCGUCCUUGUGAAAGACGACCUGGGGCUUCCAAACGGUCUGACCUUUGACAUCGAGAACCAACAGCUGUGCUGGGCUGAUGCAGGUACUCGUAAGGUGGAGUGUAUGGAUCCUCACCGCCGGCUGAGGAGGCAGGUCGUUGAAGGGAUCCAGUAUCCAUUCGGUCUUGUCUCCUUUGGAAAGAACCUUUACUACACCGACUGGAGGAGGGAGGCGGUGGUCGCUGUGGACAGUCAGGCAGAGAAGGAGACAGAAGAGUUCCUGCCUCAGAAACGCUCCCGACUGUACGGCAUCACCACGACACCCACACAGUGUCCACAAGCUUAUAACUACUGCUCCAACAAUGGCGGCUGUUCUCACCUGUGUCUGCCGCGGCUCGGUGGCUUUACCUGCCGCUGCCCAGACGGCUCCGCUGGCAGCUGUGAAGAGAGAAAUCUGUGAGGACUGAGGACAACGAGAACGCUCCGACUGCUGAGAGAGGACAAGAACAAAACACACUCAACGGAAUUCAUGUGUUUUCUAAUUUUCUUACUUGAACUACGAUUUUAGAGUUUUAUGAGUUUUUGGCACCUGAAAAGCUUUUCAGAACUCACUGCAUUAAUGGGUUCAAAUUCUGGUCCAACAAGGGAGAUGAGAUACGCUCAUCCUGUUAAUGUUAAAUUUAUAUAGUUUAUAAUCUGAAAAUGACACUCAUACAGGGAUAUUUUGACAGCUAAUAAUGAUUUCUGAAAAGGUACCAAAUAUUGAACUUCAUAUUUUGUUUCAAUGUUUUUUUUUUUUUUAAGUGAAACUUGUUACUUUUUCUCAGUUUGGUCUGAAACAUAAUUUGCGAAAAACAAUCAGAAUUUUCACAAUCGUCAACUACAAUCAACAACUGUUAUCAAACGCCUGUGGCAAAGGUCAAAGGAGGGUCUUAAAAACCCUUUUCAUGCAUAUAAUGAUAACUCAGGUCAUUUUAAACUUGGGCCCAGGUUUAGAAAUAAGGGACAACGACUUUCUGAGACAUCCAUUUAGACCAUCAGACUCAUAAAAACUUCAACGAUCAAAUACGAUCAUAUCAACUCAAACGCUUUCUUUGGCUUGUUGCAAAUUUAAAGGCAGGGUUGGUAAUGUCCUCCAAAUAAUCCUUUUAAGAUUUUGGUUGAAGUUGUCUUUAGGUCCUGACAGAAAUUAAUAACUCAGGUUCUGAAAAAGGAAAAAAAGAAAAUCCAUCAUCUGUAUCAGUUUGUGAGCCUGAAAAAACUUCAGCCAAUGUGUGCCACGAGGUACCAAUCUGAUGAACCAAUCAGGCGCCUCCCUGUCUCCCUUCUCGUUCUCUACCUCUUGCUGUCACUAGCCCACACUCAAAGUAUGAGCUGAGGUCCGCUUCUGGAGCAACGGCGCUCGUGCAUGUGGCUUUUGAGGGAGCACAGAGGGGAGGGGGUGCAGACGGAGCACUGAGGGAAUGCUAGUUUCAAAAUCAUGCUAGUUUUAGAAAAUUACCAACCCUGCCUUUAACUCAACAACUGCUCAAUGUGUGUGUAAGAGUUAUAGAAGCCAAAUCAUUUGGAAAACGUUCCAAAAAAUGCAUCAUUUUUGAGUUAGUCAAGAUAUAUUUUGCACCAUGUACUAAAAUCUUUAGGAAGAAUUUACAAAAACAUUUGAAACUUUUUUAAAUCUGUGAGUAAUAUAAACGUAUUGACUGAAUUUUAGAAAACAUUCUCAAAUAAUCGUGAGCCAAAGUUUUUUUUGGUAACACUUUUGUUUACAUCAUUUUUUAUGAAAACGUUUGCUGAUCUCUUUUUAAACUGUUGACAUACCAGCCAGAAAACAAAGUUUAUUUGAAAAAGACACCAGGGCAGUGAAAAUAUCAACGCUUAGUCCGACAAGAAGAGUUAACUUCUUGGUAGAGUAGAAUUUAUAUUACCUACAAAGUACAGACUUCAAAAGUUUGUAAGGUCUGUAUGGAUUGGUUUAUAUAAUGAAACUGUUACUCCUUUAAAAAUUACUUUAAUUUUAACACGUUAACAAGAAUAACUUGGUUUACAAAGAAAUACAGGGACGUAUCUUUUGUUUAUCUGGUUUUAAAGUCAAAAUGUGAAAACCACUUCCUGUUUGAUUUGUGAUGAGGUGAUUAACAGCCAAACCAAAGAUUACUGAAGCUACAUAAGGGCUGAAAUAAAUGUAUAAUCAGACUAUAUUUAACUUUUAAGGAUAUCUUAUAAAUGAAGUUUUUUAAUCUGAA